CGCGGGCUCCGGAGCGCCGUUCAGCCCCGACACCACCGCGCCCCCCCCCCCCCCCCCGCGCUCGCCCGAGUGGCGGAGGCCGGCGCGGUGCCCCGUGAUCCCGGCACGUGGUCGGCGCGGCGCGGCAGGAUGGCUCCCCGCGGGAGGAAGCGCGGGGCCCGGCAGCCGCCGGCGGCCGAGGCACCGGAGCAGGCGGGUGCCCCGCAGAAGCGGGCGCGCUCCCAGGCCGAGGGCAGCCCGGGGGGCACCGGCCCCCGCAUCGUCAUCGAGCACUGCAAGAGCUGACGGGUGUUCGGGCGCAACGCGGCGGCAGUGAGCGAGGCCCUGCGCGGGGCCGUGGCCCACCUCCCCGUGGAGAUCAACCCCCGGCAGCCGCGCAGGAACAGCUUCGAGGUGUCCCUGGUGAAGGAGGACGGCAGCACCGUGGAGCUGUGGAGCGGCAUUGGGAAGGGGCCCCCCCGCAAGCUGAAGUUCCCCCAGCCAGAGGCUGUGGUGGAAGCCCUCAAGAGCAGCUUGGCGUAGAGGCGGCGGCCAGCCAGGCCAGGACCGGCACCCGCGGCACGAGCAUCCAUGAAGAGGCGAGACAAAGUGGGGAGCACCCGCCCCAGUCCCGUCUCCGAUGCUGCAGCUCUGCCACAGGCAGCCAUCGCUGGACCCCCGGCUCCCCCUUGUUUCCCCCGCCAUUCCCCAAUAAAGCUUGGCAGCCCCACGA